AUGAGCGAAGGCAAAGACGGAGGUAACCUAGCUGGUAUGGUGAACGAAGGCGAAGGCGGAGUUGACGUACCUCCUGCGGUUAACGAAGACCAAGGUGGAGUGGCCGUACCUCCCAUGGUGAACGAAGGCCAAGGAAUGGAACAUGUAUCUCCAGUCAUGAGUUACGAGAAGGGCACCGAUCACAUAGAACCAGUCAUAAGCGAAGGCGAGAUCAGGUACGAAGGCAAACGAAAAAGCAGAUCUGAGAGUUUCUCUCACCUCCCAGCUCAGGACGACUCAGCACCCAGCACGGCUCCGACCACCAGGCCAGUCAGCCAAACUCAAGCCGACUCAGCACCCAGCACGGCUCCGACCACCAGGCCAGUCAGCCAAACUCAAGCCGACUCAGGACCCAUUACUGGUCAAGGCGGCUCAGCAGCCAUCGCAGCUCAGGACGAAUCAUCACACCUCACAGCUCACCGCGACUCAGCACCCGCCGCAGCUCAAAGCGCCCCGCCAGACAGUUCCGCCCAGGGCGAAUCUGCACCUAUCGCAGCUCAGAGCACCUUGCCGACUAGAAACCAGCGCGUAGAUCACGACUGCGGGUGCGCGGACAUCUAUGAUCAUACUGGCAAAAAGCGGCAACAGGCCUGCGACCUGCAUAGAUUAAAUCCGAAUAGAUCAGUGCUCCCCCUGCCGCCUAAGAAGCCACUGAGCGAGGUCACAAACUUGAGUGGUGGUACACGAGGUACAUCGGUGUUCAUGCCGCAGACAAUGCGCACCGAAGAAUCGCCACCACGCCAACCGCCAGUGGUGACACCGACCAAAGGUAGGAAUUUCGUGCAGGGAUCGGAAAACGGCCCAACAUUCCUGGAUCCUUUCAACUCUGAGCGGGCGAUAGAGCCAACUGGGCCACCCAAUACAUUGACAACUAUUCCGACUCAGGAAGACAAGCCCCUUAAAAAGUCUACUGGCCGAGUGUCAGGUCCAAAGGCAUCAGGUCCGAAGGCAUCAGGUCCGAAGGCACUGGACCCAGCAAAGCCUCGAACAACACAAGACCCACCGCAUUUUGGUGAAGGCGCCAGUGGAUCCCAGGCAACACAACCGCCGAAUAUAGAUGCAGUGGCUGGCGAGGACCUGGGAUCGAAAGCACCCGCGGAUGAGCAGCGUACAGGCGAGAAUGCAGCGUCUGCACCAAGGAAAAGUGAGAGUAGUGAAGAUAAUGACGAUGGAGGAACCAGACUUAGCGAUGAGCACCGCUUUCAAUUUACUGUCAAGGAAGGCAAGAAGUCCGUAGGCACCGCAAGCGGUCCCGCUUUCAGGAAGGGAAACGUCCAACCAAAAUCCAUCUUGAAAAAGAUUGUUGGAACAACAGCGGCGUUGAGAAAGACUGAAAGAGGCAGGCCACCAUCGGAGCAGGCCAACAAUGACGUGGAAACCGAAGACAAAAGUGGAGGAGCCAGACUCUUCCAUGACGCUGCCGGACGAAACAAGGCUGGCGAAGGCAACAGCGUUACAAACAAUGCGAGCGGUCCCGUCCGCGAAGACCAAGGUGGAGCGCCGAUUCCUACAUUAAUACUGCAUACGGAUGCGGGUCCAAUUAGAGCCAGGACCAACAGCAACGGCGAGCCCGUAUUCGUUGCCCCUGAAGCGCCCACAAACGGUGACGAAGGGAACCCGUGUAAACGUUGUGUUUUGAUGUGA